UCAAAUUGCCGCAAUGACGCAAGCAGUUGACAUGAAAGAAGGGGAAAAAUCCUUGACGAUCUUUUCUUCAAUCUUUCAAAAUGGUGUUUCAUACUAACGAGUUUCUUUCUAAAUUAUAUCAAUUAUUACUAAAAUGAACUGUAAAUUAUAAGUGUGACAAGUGAACACCAUUAUUUGUUGUAAAUAAAAUUCUUUGUGAUAAUUUUUAUUCGCGAAUCUUGUGUGUGAAAAAAAAAAUCUAAUCGGCAAUAUCCAAAAUCAAUUACUACUGUGAUGUUUGUGUUCUGACUGUUAUUUAGAGUGUAUUACCCGAAUUAAGAUGGUUACUGGUGGGCGCGUGUAGCGGCACUGACAUGAAUCAAGGAGGAGUGAAGAAUGUCGUCACAGAGCCGACGCGCCUCGAGAACAAACGUGAGCGCCGUCGCGGCGCUGCGGGUCGCGCGGCUGCGCUGCGGCGCGCGCCCUCAGACUCGGACUGUUCAGGGGAGACCGCCUCACUGUCCGCCGACAGCGGGGACCGCGCCCCUCGGCCGCCGCCGCAGCCCACGAGAGCUGGCAAGAAUAGGGGUCGUCGUCGAGGCAGCGAGUGGGAGGUGUUGGAGGGUUUGAAAGACGGCCAGAGGUUCGAGAAGAGGCCAGACGUCUUCAACGGUUACCUACACAAGAAGAGAAAAUGGCCUCUCAAAGGAUGGCACAAGCGAUUCUUCGUGGUAGACGGUGGUAUCCUAGUAUACGCUCGGUCGCCGACGGACGUGGCUCGCGGUCGACUGCACGGAUCAGUGGACGUCGGCCUCUCCGUCAUAUCGGCCAAGGCGAGGCGGAGGCGCAUCGACAUUGACGCCGAUGAGUUCAUAUACCACCUCAGAGCGAAGACUCCUGAUGUCUUCCGGACCUGGCUUAAUGUGCUGAAGGCUCAUAGGUUAUACCGACAACAUUUGCUAACAUUCGGUGCGCGGGAGUCGGUACCGAAGAUCCACGCCCCGUUAGAAGAUCUACCACCCACAGACAAUUCUUCUCGUACCUCCCACGAAAGCCUGGACACUUCCUCGGGCUCGAGCGACGACUCCCCGUUCCCCAGGAAGAAAGAAUUGUCCACAGACGAGUUACUCCACAGUAGCUAUAAUUACUACAGUCCCAUGUCAUUCUCACCCCCAAUAGACGAAGAAAAAGAAUAUAAUACACCAACCGCUCAAAUCUGCGAAACACACUUCAACGAAAAACUAUUCAAUAACCACAGAAGUCUAUGUUCCAUGAACUGUGUCGCCAGAUUCAGAAAAGAUCAGUUACAAAGAAAAAAAUCGCCAAAUAUCUCCGUAGGUAGCACUGAAGCAGAGAAACAAAUACACAGCACAGAUCUAGAUAUCAAUUCUAUUAAAACUAUAGAAACUGUCUUUGAAGACGAAGCUAAAACUCACAGGCAAACGUCACCGUUUCGGUACUCCGAAUCAAAACAACCCUUAUUCAGUGAGAGUAAGGUCGAACCUACCGCAGCAUACUACUUCUUCACACGCAACAAAUCGCGCGCCUCUAUUAUCAAUUCGCCAAUGAAGAGGAGUAAGAAAUCUACGAACUUGGUAAAGUAUAGGAACUAUUUUAAUGAGCCUACUUUAAGGAGACCUCUAAGUAAAUGCAUGUUGCUUGGCAAAUACAAAAUGAAACCUGAACAAACUGAUGAAGCUGAUAGUGAGAAGAUAGAUAGUUCUGAGAAGAGUACAGACCGCGAGGUGGCCUGUGAGACUGUGCAAACGGAGAGCAAUGAAGUCCAAGUGACUAUCAUAGAGAACAAGGCGCUACAAGACGCCAUGACGACGUCAGACUAUGACAACAUCACGGAACGGCUCAUGGUGUCCAUAUUUGAAAACGCCAAGAACACCACUGUGACUGACGUGAAGGUCUACAUACAACAAGUGAUCAAAGACUUGUAUGACGUCAAGUUCCAAGAAGUACAUCCAGUGAAGGCACUCUUCAGAAGUCUACUAGAGUAUUGGUUAAAGAAUACUACGGUGGAACCAAUCAAAACCGCCAUGAGGCACAGCCGCUCCAUAGACAGACAGUCAAACAAAUACUUCACGAAAGACGAAAACCUCUCAAGUGUUUACAUCGGUCAGGUUUCAAAACAAACACAGUUUCAUGGACUCAGUGAAAUGCUGUUUCAGUAUAAAAAGAAACCGAAUACCACUAAACCUGUGACCAAAGCUCCAGAUCUACCUCCUAAAAGUCCCAGCCCAAGGCGAGACACGGAGAGUUUCGAGAAAGAAAGAAGAAUACAAGAGCUAGAACGGUUACUCAAGAACACGGUGUACAUGUGUGAAACGACUAGAAGUAACCAACAGAGAGAUAUUAAAACAACUAAAACCUUGAUCAAUAACAUUGGCAAAAUGUCUCCGAAGAUGGAAGAGGUUACUUCAACCGAAUCCCCUAACGAGAACUCUAAUAAUUCUUCUACGGAAAAGAUACAGCAAACUUUAAACCAUCUUAUAAGCGAUACUUCAAUAUCCCCUGAUGUAGCUAGGGAGUUCUUUAGUGCGUACUUAGACGUUUUACUCAAAGAAGAUUACAAGAGUCUAUCGGAAACUAGUUCACGGUCCAGUGAACAUACAGUCGCUUCUAAAGAUUCUAAAGAAAUUUCCUGUCAAGUGCAGACGGAGGCUGUCACGAAAACGGCCUCAAAAAGCAUCACAACGUUAAAAGAAGAAGUAUCGAAACCAAAGUCAACUGAAGUCUUAAAAACCAUAGAUCCGGGACAACUGUACCUCAAAGAGUUAUUAGAAAGAAUAACAACAAUAUUCUCUAAAGUAAAGAAGAUGGAGGAUAAGACGUGGACCAACGAGAAACAAGACAACGUCAAAUGUGACUUAAAACAUCCAGAAUGUAAGGAUGAGUUGGGAAGACCCGUCAAAGAGUAUCCUGGCAAAAAUCUCAUCUACGAGAACUAUGACGAUAAUUCAGUCGUGAUCGAUCUUUCUAAAUACGAUCUGGAACAUAUAUCGAUGUACAGUGACCCUAAGGUACAAGGGAUCAUGUCAAUUUCUAUUAAACUUAAGGAGAAACCCCCGACAGCGGUCGAGAAUAAGCACGCACACCUUAGUCUUCAAUUCGCAGACUCGGAGCGCGUGAAGACAGAAGUACAAAAAGAAAUGAAAGAAAAUUGGCUGAAGUACAUCCAAAAUACUAACUCCAACGAGAUAUUUAAGAAGAGGAGUAAAAGUCCAGACACAUUAAUCGAUUUGAAUAAAGAGUUCGAUUUGAAACCCUACUCGAGUAGCAGUGAUGCGACAUCUAAGGCUUACAAAAUUGUCCAUGAGAGCGAACAUUCAAUAGACCUGUCUUUUAAAAGCAGUAAUACCUCCUUCCUCAGAGGCUUGGAUCCAAAACCCUCAUUUGAGAACGAAAACACAUCGUGCUACAUCAUGUCUUUUAAUAAGGAACCGACAAAAUUUCAGCCCAAAAAGAAAGUUAGGCUUAAAGAUUAUAACGGUGUGUCGAAAAGAUCUCCAUCUCACUCUCCGACGAAGCAACCAGAAUUAUCAAUCUUCGAGCAGCCAGCCCCUAGGGUUAUCGAUGAGAAAUUCAUAUUGUUGCUUUUAGAAAACUUAUCACUGCUAUCUAAAAACAUACCGAGCUUGCACAAGGAUAUAAACAAUUUAUUUAUGAAGUUGAGAAAGAAACAUGAGAAGAUUUUGAAGAAUUGUGGCAAUAUAUACGGGUUGAGUCUUUUAGGCAAGAUUUACAAUGAGGAUUCGGACAGUGGGGCUUGUAGGAAAGAAAUUUCCACGCAAUGGGAUGUCGUCACCUGCUUUCCAGUAAGCGAAGAAGUUCCUAUAACAAAGAAAGCAAAAAACACGUUUAGCUGUACCAAUUUAAACCUUAAAGAUGCGAACAUAAGUGCGAUAGAUUUAAAGCUUGUGAUGAAUUCCGAAGUCCAGACAAAGAGUCAGUGUGAUGAACUAAUGAUUUGCUACGAUCGUGUGCCACCACCGUCCUUAGGCGACGCUUCCAUCACUGGUAACGUGGUAAAAGUCCACUCGAUACAUAAAAUUAAAUUAACUGAAGUAGAUAAGAAAACGAAUGAACAUGCAACUGCUGCCCCAAAUUGGAUCCAUAAGAUUACUAAAGAAUGUUCUAUGACUACUCUGAUCAAACGUGUACUAGAUCCAGAAGCGAAAAUCCCCUCCAGUACAAAAGCAACCUCAAGAGAAUACAUUAUGAAGAAGAAAAAGAAUUCGUCAAAAUUACGACAGGAUUUGAUCAAAGAAAUAGCGCUCUUAUCGCCUUCGUUUAAGGUUUCUACUCAAUCGCAGACUGAUAGGCGGUUAAUGCGUUUUGUUAGAGAGAAGUGGUUGGAAAAGGAUUUUAAAGUGUAUCAGUUGUUUCAUAGUAAGAAAUAUAACGUUACGAGAGCGAGUUCCGCGACUGACUCGAACAUCGAAGUGAACGCGAGUGAUGAACUGAAGACCUUAUAUCGAUGUUCUAGCGAUCCUUCAUACUGCUCUGGGCUGUUGAGCCCCACCGGCGGGCCCAUCAGGGGCCCCCAAGCGGGGUUCGUGUCAGGCACCCCAGGAGGACGCCUCUCCGGCUGGAUCAUAGAGUCUGGUGGUCCUCUGGAGAACGCGUCCCGCGAGCUGGGCCAGGCGCAGCUGUCCGUGCAGCAGCUGCAGCGGCUGCUGGACGCGCUGGAGUUGCAGCAGCAGCUCCAUCAUGAUACUGAUGUAUCUCUGGAAGGCGCCUCCCCCAACGUAAAGAAGGACCGCCGCAAGUUCGGCCUGAGGAAGAAGAAAUCGAACAGCAAGUGUGCCUCCGUCGAACUACAAGCUUCUCACAUAGACCCGUCCAGUUCACAUAUGGCUUUGUCAGCGCUAACAGCGCCCCCCUCUCCCGGCGGCGGUGCGUCGUCAGUGCCCAACUCUGCCGCCUCCCUGCCCAUAGCUUUUCUAUCAACAUUUCUGGCAUCCACUUUAGUUCCGUGUGCAGCAGCUCGUCCCCAGUCGCUGCCUGGUGCUGAGACCCUGGCGACGGCUCCAGGACCUGCCUCCCUCACCAGUCUGACUCCUGACCAUCAGCUCAGGGAAGAUUUCACCGUGCUAGCUAAGGAUCUAGUCGCUAAUCUGAAGACUGUUGUGGCUACAUUGGUAUGUGAGCGUGGUCGUCUCCGAGCGGCAAUGGACGCGGCGGAGACAGCUUCUACGCCGGGCGCCGUAAUGGCAGCGUUACGGACGAACCUCACUACAGCACUACAACAGAAUUCCGUGUUUCGAACAGAACUCCGCUCCCGGUUGUCGAGGAUACACGACGCGUCCGACCUCGCCGAGAUAUCGUCUGUCGGACCUAACUCUGAUGCUGUGAACAACCGUCAGUUCCAGCAGUCGCUGAGCUACAGCUCGUCGUGUGUGUCGGCGUCCGAGUUCUUCGACGCCGAGGAGCACGACUCCGACCACAAACCCGCCGAGAUCAUUGCCGCUGAUGAGUCAGGAGUGAUAGAGCUGGAAGGCGACUCCUCAUCAGAAGCGGGUUCCUUGAGCAGCGAGGAAGGCUCGGCCAGCUCCGACAACUCUGACGGUGCGAUAGUGUCCGCGGAGCAGGUGACUUUGCGCGCGGAGCCCGGGCCGGCGGCGGGCUGGUCGCGGCGCACGCGCCUGCCGUCCCCGCGCCCCACGCCCGGCGGGCCCAGUCUCUGGAACCUGCUCUACAAGAACAUCGGCAAGGAUUUGAGUCAGAUCUCCAUGCCUGUUACUAUUAAUGAGCCGCUUAAUAUGCUGCAGCGACUAUGCGAAGAACUAGAAUACUCCGAGCUGCUAGAUUCAGCAGCAGAAUGCAAGAGUCCGAUAGAGCGCAUGGCGCUGAUCGCCGCGUUCGCGGUGAGCGCGUACGCAUCGUCCGCGCACCGCGCCGCCUCCAAACCGUUCAAUCCUUUACUGGCCGAGACUUACGAGUGCGUGCGCGACGAUAAAGGGUUCCGGUUUAUUGCUGAACAGGUAUCCCACCACCCCCCAAUAUCAGCGUGUCACGCAGAAUCCUCGCGGUGGUGCUUCUGGCAGGAGGCGAGGAUCAAGACCAAGUUCUGGGGCAAGUCCAUGGAGUUCCAGCCCACCGGCCGAGUCCAUGUCAAGCUGCUUACUACCGGAGACCAUUAUAGUUGGAAUAAAGUGACGACAUGCGUGCACAACCUGUUCGGCGGGCAGCGCUGGGUGGACCAGUACGGGGACAUGCACAUCGCGUGCCACGGGACCGACAUCACCUGCAAACUCAACUUUAUUAAGGCGAGUUCGUGGUCUAGCAGUAGACACGAGGUGCGCGGCAUGGUGCAGGGGGGCGGAGCCCGACUGCGGCUGGCGGGGCGCUGGUCUGAGGCCCUGUACGCCGGGGACCCGCCCGCCGCCAGGUGUCUCUGGAGGCCCGGCGCGAUGCCCCCGGAGCACGAGUUGUACUACGGGUUCACGCGGUUCGCGAUGGAACUCAACGAGCUCGAGCCGGCCAUGCGGGGGACUCUGCCGCAUACUGACACUCGACUCAGGCCGGACCAGCGCGCCCUGGAGGAGGGCGACGUGGAGGCGGCCGAGCAGCUGAAGCACCAGCUGGAGCAGGCGCAGCGCGACCGCCGCAGGGACGUCGCCGCGCAUACCGCCGCAUGGUUCCGAAAAACCCUGGAGAGCGGCGAGGAGACGUGGGUGUUCAACGGGGAGUACUGGAAGGCGCGCGAGGCAGGCUUCCCCGACGACGUGGCGCCCGCGAUCUGGUGACCGCGCCUACUCAUACUCCGUAAACCGCAGUGCGAAUGGCUCUGCUAGAUGGUUGUGUCUCGCUUCCCGCUUAGCGAUAAAUAAUUAGAGUUUUACUAUAGACUUUAAUGAAAUAUCUCAUGUUAUUGUGACGGCUAGUUAGUCUGUACGGGCUAUGUCUUGGCCAAGAUGGCGGCUAAAUACUGAUAGUUGAAAUAAAUAUUAUAAUACCUUUUGAAAACAAUGUUCUUUUAUGAUUUUGAAUAAUGUUUCAUCCGUAAGUUUCUUUUUACUAGUAUUAUAACAUCUCUAUUAUUUGCCAAAUGCCACUUUAGCGCUUGUCUACAGAGAGAGUAGAAAACUCAAUGUAUGUGGAUGACACUGACAAAUGGCAAAAUUUAUGUCAAACCCAUAUACUUUAGUUUCUUAAUCUAUUUGUAGACAAACUCGUUAUGUCAUUUGGCUACAGACUCUGUAUAUUUAACGCAAAAUAUUAUAAUAGAUGGGGUGAACGUUCUUCAAAGUCAUAAAUAACAUGAAUAAAUAUUUAAUUAUUAGCUUAUUUAUCUAUCUAUCUUGUUUAGAUGCCAUCUUUAAAACGUUAUAAGUAGGUAUAUUAUUUAGCUAAUGACUAACAAAAGUAUUGUCGCAGCAAGUAUUUUUGCGCAUCCUAGGUGGCGCUUCUAGCAAUUUGGGUCUUGUCAGUUAAAUAAAUAUAUCUUGCUUUUAAAUAUAUUUGUUUACUAAGCUUGGAGAUUAUGGCUAUCCCCUCUUCAGGAGAGGAGAACAACACGCAACAUUUAAAAUGAACAUUAGAUAAUAGACUUUGAUUCUCUCUAUUAACGCCCCCUAGCGGUGCAUUUUGAUAACUUGACAUGUAAUUAUAAGCUAAAUAAUAUACCUACAUGUAUACCAUUUUGAGUAACUAAGACAUUUACAGUUCAUCCAAACGAUUUUGACUUCUAUCGCUCUCGUAAUAAGACUUAUUAAAACAACCAAUGGUAAUCAAUUUUAUAAUUUUGUCAUUUUCAUCUUUAUGCCUAUUAAAUAGGGGUCAAAAUUGAUUGAACGGACUUUAAAUGUGUUUGUUAUUUCAUAGUAUACAAGCCUGAUGUUCAAUAAAUACGCUGUCAAUAUAUUUCAGCUCUGUGAUUGGCUGAUAGAUAUAACGUCAGCCAAUCACAGGCCGGGCUUAUGGAUAUUGUGAAAAAUAGCCUUCUGUUAUUGGUCGAUUAAUUUAUGAGAGAUCGAUAAAUAUUUACUAUAUACGUAGACUAUUGACUAUGGGUUUAGUACGGUAGAGGGCUGAUGAUAGAGAAAAUAAUACGAGAAACAGAAUAAAGACCAAAAAUACUAAAAAAUCAACAACUGUCAAAAAGCUGUCACACAAACGUCACUUGAUUUUGACAGUACUCAAACACCAUAGACUAAAUAAAACUUUCAAGUCAUUUAAUUAUUACUUAACCCAGUCCUUAGCGAUUGUUUUCGAUAUAAAAUCGUUACUAAGGAAUAGUUUAAGUAAUCAUUAAAUGUCUCUAAGUAUGGCACAUAGACAAUGUUUCUCGCAUAAUUUUCUCGUUCAUACGGCCAGCAUGUGACAAAGUUGGUUAGUAGAAUUACUUGUAAGGAUAGAAUCGUUCGGUAUAUAAAAUAAGAUAAAAUAUUCAAUUUGUACCUGUAUGUAAUCUAUUGAAGUUAUAUUUACAAAGGUUUCUUAAUUAUUUUCUACUUUUACAGAACUUAUCUGUUCAGAAAACUACGUCUUCACUUACGCACAUCAAGCUACUCUUUACCGUCGAUUGAUUUUCAACUUUAUUACUAAGACAUAAAAUUAAAAGUUUAUUGGACUGUUUGAGCAAGCUUGAUAUGCAAGCAUAUGACUGGCUAUUUUUCAGUUGCCUUGACUAAACUAAUGACAAUACCAGGCGAACGAGUGAAUAUAAAAGUCAGUGGUCGAUAAAUAUAUCGUUUCGAGCACUUCGAAAUAUAUUCGUCAUAUUUU